CUGAUCUUCUCUGCUUGUGUAAUUUUAGCCCUCCCAUUACAUGACUGUAACAACCUACACAGGGGAAAAAAAACGGCUUUGUACAACACAAACACAGCACUUCAGGAAAUCUCAAGAAUAGAAAAUGAAGCUAUCUAUCCUUGGAGCUACCGGUCAGACUGGUUUAUACUUGGUCUCACAAGCCCUAGAAAAUGGACAUGAAGUGACAGCCCUUGUGAGAAAUGCCAGCAAACUCACCAUUCAGCAUGAGAACUUAAAGGUCGUGGAAUGUAAUAUAUUUUCAGCAGAAUCAUUAUCAGAGCAUUUUCAAGGUAAAGAUGCUGUCAUGUCUUGCCUGGGCUUUCCUUACAAGCUUUUUUCAUCUAUCAGUGGAUACACUGACUCAAUGACUGCCGUUGUGACCGCCAUGCGUCAGGCUGAAGUGACAAGGAUGGUGACAAUGACUUCUUGGUAUACUGGCCCUGGCUCUGGUCAGAACUCUUCCUUUUUUGUGCGUAAUCUACUCAUACCGCUCAUUAAAAGCGUGCUUACAAAUAUGCAUGAGAUGGAGCAAUACUUGGAGAAGGAAUGUUCUGAUCUUAACUGGACGGUGGUCAGACCUCCAGGACUUCAAAACUAUCCAGCCUCAGAUAAAGAAAUAGUGACGUAUGAAGGCUUUUUCGUUCCUGAUGAUAAAGGUUAUCCAGUAACCAAUACUGUGGCUCGAGGAGAUGUAGCUCGAUUUAUGCUCUCUGUGCUCAAUGAUGCACAAUGGACCAGAAAAAUUGUGGCAAUGUGUUGUAAAUCAUAGAAAUAACUAUCAUACAAUUUCACUCUCCUUUAGGAAAAUUAUAGCUUUAAAUGGAUUUUAAAUGAGAGAGAAAAAUAAAAUAAAAAAGGAAUAA